CUACCCCUCCAACCCCACCUCUCUAUAAUCAGGAGCUGGAGAGCGCAUCGUGCUUGACCGCACUGAGAAACAGCAACCUGAAAGCUGCUUGUGGAAAUACUUGAUCAAGUCCUUCACCGACCCUGUGGUGCCCUUUCUCUUGAUUUCCUCUAUCGUUUUUCUCCAGCACAAACCAAGAUGGCACCUCCAACGCCUCUCAGCAUCGCAACCCAAUCGGUCAACCGCCUGGUCAGGGAAGAGGCCUACUACCACAAGGAGCAGGCCAACCAAGAGAAGCGCAUCAAGAAACUGCAGGAGGACAUCGAAGCCAAUAGCCCAGACCUGGACAGCAACGCGGAGUAUAUUCUCAAGCAGGAGCGAACGGCCCUUGAAGAGACCAAAGCUGUGUUUGGACCCCUGCAACAGCGCAUCGCGGACGCUGUGCAGAAGCUCGAGGAACAGCUCGCCAUUUCGGAGAGCGAUGGAACUGCGUCAGAGGAGGAGCUGAAGAAGGCUAGGGAGGCGAUCGAGUCUGGGCAGAAGCUCGUUGAGGAGGCAGGGGCGCAGUAAACAGGUUGUAUUAAUUGCCUAGAGGUUACGGAGAUAGCAUGUUUUGUACCAGAGGCAGUGACCCUAUCAUCAAGCACGAAGUCGCUUCCUUGUGAUUUGUUAGGUACCAGCCGCCAGUCCGCCUCCAUCCUAGACUGUGAACUAACUCGUAUCCAUCGUGUCGGUCUGGCCAUCAACCACUAUCUGCGGCGUGUCAUCAGCCGGAGGGGGUGUCAGCGGGCUAUCAGCCCCUGAUUCAUCGGCCUUGGUCUCGCCCAUUUCCACGUCCUCUCCCUCCUCCACCUCGUCUUGCUCCGCCUUGGCUUCUCUGUCAACGGAGCCUUCGCGACUCUCUGCCUGGCUGCCAGUCUGCGAGAAGCUUCCAACAAUAUCCGAUCUUGGCUUGAGGAA